AGAGUCCCAGCCUCACCACCAUGAGAGUCCUGCUGGCGUGCCUGCUCCUCUGCGUCCUGGUCGUGAGCGACUCCGAAGGCAGCCAGGAUCAUCACGGAGUGUCUGAUGCAUCGAACUGUGGUUGCCUGAAUGGAGGAACAUGUGUAAUCUACAAGCACUUCUCCAACAUUCGGUGGUGCAAGUGCCCGAAGAAAUUCCAAGGGGAGCACUGUGAAAUAGAUACUUCAAAAACCUGCUAUCGAGGGAAUGGUCAUUAUUAUCGAGGAAAGGCCAAUACUGACACCAAGGGCCGGCCCUGCCUAGCCUGGAACUCUGCUGCUGUCCUUCUGAAAACAUACCAUGCCCACAGACCUGAUGCUCUUCAGCUGGGCCUGGGGAAGCACAAUUACUGCAGGAACCCAGACAAUUUGAAUCGGCCCUGGUGCUACGUGCAGGUUGGCCUAAUGCAACUUGUCCAAGAGUGCAUGGUGCAAGACUGCUCCGUCGGAAAAAGGCCCCCCUCUCCUCCAGAAAAAUCAGAGUUUCAAUGUGGCCAGAAGGCUCUCAUGCCCCGAUUUAAGAUUGUUGGGGGUGAAUUCACCACCAUCGAGAACCAGCCGUGGUUUGCAGCCAUCUACAGGAGGCACCGGGGAGGCUCUGUCACCUACGUGUGCGGAGGCAGCCUCAUCAACCCUUGCUGGGUGGUCAGCGCCACACACUGCUUCAUUCAUUACCAACAAAAGGAGGACUACAUUGUCUACCUGGGCCGGUCAAAGCUUAACUCCAAUACUCCUGGGGAGAUGAAGUUUGAGGUGGAAAAGCUCAUCCUCCAUGAGGACUAUAGUGCUGACACGCUUGCUCACCACAACGAUAUUGCCUUGCUGAAGAUCCGUUCCACUGAGGGCCAGUGUGCUCAGCCAUCUCGGACCAUACAGACCAUCUGCCUGCCCCCAAAGUAUGACGAUGCCCAUUUUGGCUCAAGCUGUGAGAUCACUGGCUUCGGAAAAGAGAAUUCCACUGACUAUCUCUAUCCAGAGCAGCUGAAAAUGACUGUUGUGAAGCUGGUUUCCCACAGGGAAUGUCAGCAGCCCCACUACUAUGGCUCUGAAGUCACCACCAAAAUGCUAUGUGCUGCUGACCCACAGUGGGAAACAGACUCCUGCCAGGGAGACUCAGGAGGGCCCCUCAUCUGCUCCAUCAGAGACCGCCUGACUCUGACUGGGAUUGUGAGCUGGGGCCGCGGAUGUGCCUUGAAGGACAAGCCAGGCGUCUACACGAGGGUCUCACGGUUCCUGCCCUGGAUCCACGCUCACACCGGGGAGGAGAAUGGCCUAGCCCUCUGAGGGCCCCCAGGGAACUGAGGGAGGAAAUGGGCACCAUCCACUCCUUCACUGACCGUCAUUUUUGCAGUAGGGUCAUCUCCAUCAGCUAUAAGGAAGAGAAUGGGGAAGAUAGACUCUGCAAGGAUGUAUUUGCUUGUGCAGCCCACCAGGGUGAGCCACAAGAGCUUUACCCUCAGGCACAGGCAUGGGUGCUGGCCGCUCGGACCCCCCCUGGUCAGGAUGGAGGGGGUGGUCCUGACUCAGGAAGGCAUUGACCAGCAGUUGUCUUUUUCUGGACUAAAGCCUCCAGGAGUUAACAAUGGCUCUCCUGUGCAUGGGUGAAAAGAGAGCCAGCUCCCCCAACAGUGGGCAUUCAUGCAGCCCAUUGUUGAGAAAUGAAUAAUUUCCCAAUUAGGAAGUGUAACAGCUGACAGGGCUGUUGAGGGAGCUUGGCCAAUGUGGGAACCGCGGUUUGGGGAGUAGAGACACUAAUAACUUGAAGGAAGGGCGCUGAAUGCAUCAGGAAAUGUAUGUGUGUGUUUGUGUGUGCACUUAUGUUCGGGCUGUGAGUGUGUAAGAGCUGGUGUCUGGCUGCAAGUCUGAAAAUUCCCCUAAACUGUGUGGUCUCUGAUGCCACACAGAAUGGUCUGUCUGGAGAGGUUAUGGGUCCCUCCGGGGGCCUCUUGGGCCCUCCCCGUGAUGAUGCCUGCGAAUGUAUUGUUCUGGGGCAUGGCCCGUGACCAGCACUAAAUGCCUCCGUUUCACUUUCACAUAGAUGUCCCCUUCUCGGCCAGUUAUCCCUUCUGACCUUUCGGCCUAGUUUAUCUAAUCCUCACUGAGCGGGGGGAGGACCACUUCUGGACACUGAAUAUUUAAUAAUUAUAUUCUGCUAUUUUUAUUUAUAUCUAUUUUUAUAAUUUUAAAUAAAAACAAUCA